ACUUUGAUAUCAUCAAAUGUCAUUGCAGAGGAUGUUCCAACCCCGGACUAUGCUCUUACGCCCAAGGCGUGCAGGAUGGGUAGAAGGACCCAUUCUAGCAAUUCGCCAUUUCUCCGUAUCUGGAAAAUGCUUCGAGAAUGACCCGAGCGCUCCCAAAAGUCCUUCCACCCGACCCCGAAAGACCAACAUUCCACCUGCAAAUCUGAACACCAAGAACGUCAAUUCCAGCAGAGCUCUACCUAGACGAAUCGUCGAUGCUCGAUCCCUUGCAGCCUCUAAAACCGAUGGCAAGCCGGUAAAUAUCCUUAGGAGCCCAGCAAUCCGAAAUUCCCGCGGUGGUCCACCAAACCGGGCUCGCAAGCCCAGAGCUCCCUCAAAGUCCCGGCCACAACAGAAGGACAGGAAGGCCGCCGGCCGUCGUCGCUUCCAGAAAAACUCGGAUGCGGAGGAAGGUGACGAUGUGCAGAAGGCCGAGCUCGAGAAUGUAUACCAGGAACUCGCAGAGAAGACAAAACCAACCCCUACUCGCUAUCAACCUCAACCCCCUAGCCUACAGAAUCUGAGCGAGACUUGGCCUUCGUUGCCUAUAGGUACCACGGCUAGUGCUGCGGGAGUUGUUGACAAGCUGUCGUUGCUCAGUGGCCGCACCAUUGAUGGCUAUGUCCCACCUAAUGAGCUCGGCAAGCGGUUAUUCGAGGGGCAGUAUGUUCGGUUUCUGAGCGAGGAGGAGAGAUCUGAGGCUUUGGCUGCCGCGAAAAGUCUUGCGCAGGAGCAAGCAGACAAGCUUUCCCAAGAGAAGGGCGAUUUGGUUGAUCCACAGCCCGUCAACUUCAAGCGUGCUAGUGAGGAAGAGCAGAAAUCCUUGGUUCAGUCUCUUGUCCAGGGCAAGUACCCUGGAAUAAAACCGAACAAGGAGUCUCCGCUCUUUGGUGAAAUUGUGAGGAAUCUACGAAACAACGAGACUUACCAGGCUGCUGGGAAGAGCUCGCAAUUCAUGACCAAGAUCGAAUCCCUCAUGGCUUCUCGCCGUCCUGCCAAACGCGCAUAAGAGUAUGGAAUUUUUUUAAGGUCAUUGUAUUAUAUAUUGUUUUAUUCCAUCCCAUACCCAAAAUUUCUCUAUAUUUCACCUACCUUUUGAAUGUACUUGUAUCAUCGAAUGAGCAGAAGUCAAACACAUAAGAGUAUUAUACACAGCAAAGAGUUUCCAACACCAACGUAAAAGCCCUACCACUUUUAUACAGUCCCAUCCAUAUCCAUGAUAAUGAGAGGAAAGAAUCCAACAGUCCAGCACAACCAGCUAUGUCAGUCAUGUCAUGUCAUGUGUAUUAAGCCCGUUCCAUAGCCUUCUUUGCAGCUUCAAACAAAUCCUUUACCUCCUUC